GUGGUCGCUCCGCGGCGCUGUUGAUCUGCUGUUGAUGUGUUUAAUGAUCCCAGAGAGAAGAAGCAUGGAGCAGAGCUGCUGAUCUCGACCUCUUCUCCUGCAGCCAGUAAACCUGCACUAUCUCCUCUUUAUCUACAUCUAGACACACAUCUACACUCCCUGUGUUCACCGGUAGAUAGCCAAGUGGUGUAAAGUUAAAGAAUAAACUCAUUUAAAGCUGUAAACUGUUAGUCUCGUUAGCUUCCUUGUUGCUAAGCUAGCUGGUCUGUUCUCAACAUGUCUGACUUCAGCAGCUGGAUCCUGCCGGCGGUUAAAGGUGGGCCUGCAGGAAAAGCGACGUCGUCCUCGGUCGUGACAGGAAACAGGAGCUGGGACGGCGCCGGCGCAGGCGGGAUGGACCAGAUCCGAGUGGUGAGAAUAGACGACACACACAUCGCAUCAGAGGAGGAGGAGCAGUCUCAUGUCGGGGGGAAGGUUAAAGGCGCCGCAGAGUGCUACGAGGUGGAGGAGGUCAUUGGCGAGGAAGAUGAAGACGGCGUUUACGUGAUCGAGUAUUCAAAUCCCGAAGAGGAGGGAGCGAGCUACCAGUUCACGAUGGCCGUGGACCGAUCGGUGCCGGCCAAAAGGCCGAAGCUCAAACAUCCCGCGAUGAGAGAGAACGCCAGAGCGCCUUUACCGGUGAUGUCCAAACUGAACAGACCGCCGAGGCCGAGAAUCAACGAGAAGCAGCGGAGGAAGCCGAUGGGAGUAGAGGAGGUGAAGAGGGAGGCGGUUGUGAGCAAUAAGCAUGUGUUGGAGCUCGGCGAGGACUACAGCUACGUGAUGGCGACGAACUCAAACUCAGGUAAAGAGCUGAUGUGCAAGCUGUGCCCGCCGCCCGGCAGGUUCUUCAAGAGAGCCGCCGGUUUGGCCGUGCAUUUGAAACACAUGCACUUCCUGGAGGCGAAUAAGACGUUCUUCUGCACGACUUGCCAGCAGUCGGUUCGCACUCAGAUCGAGCUGGACGCCCACACGAAACGCCACGCCAACCAGGGCGCCGUGUUCACCUGCCUCCUCUGCUCGGCGGAGACGGAAAACAAAGCGGAGAAGCCGGGCUACAGAGGGUCGAAGCUGGGUCUGAAGAAACACCUGCAGAAGGAGCACCCGGGCGUCGUCCCUCGCUGCAACGUCUGUAACAAAGGCUUCGCGUCGCUCUCGUCGUACCUGGCUGAUCAGUUCAGGCACGUCGGCGUGUCGCCCUACUACUGCGCCUUGUGUCAGAUCUAUGAAAUGACCGAGCGGGGUCUGAGUGUUCACAACAAGAACCACGACAAGAGGAAGAAGAAGCAGCAGCUGCUGCAGGAGUCCGCUGGAAUCCAGCUGCCGACUCUCGGAGUCCCCGCCAACGCCGCCAAAGCCUCCAACGCCGCCAACGCUGCCACAGACGACAACUCUGCCACAGACGACUCUGACUUCUGACGCGCUUCGUUUCCUUCCCGUCAGUGUUUUUAGACUAAAGCAGCAGCUCAGUGACCUCCUCUUCGUCAGACUGGUCUGACGUUUAUACAUCUUUGACGGGUCUGAACUGAACUUUGUUUUUUUUUUUUAUUUCAUAAUUUGCUUCAAGUUGUUGGUAGCUUGAAGCAAAUUGGUGGCGUCUUCUACCUUUAAGCCUCAUCGGUGUCACGUGUGGAGGAAAUACAGUUUCUGUCUCGCUGGGAAUUGAAGGAAAAUCAUUUUUUUCCCCAAACCUGGGUCUUUUUUCAGCUUCAUUUUAAGGAAUAGUUUGACAUUAUAGGAUCUACGUUUAUUCGCCUUCUUGCUGAGAGACAGAAGAGAAGAUCAGUUCCACCCUCUGAUACCUACUGUCAUUAUGUUGUUGAUUAAUAAAAUAAAAUUCCCGUUACAGUCUUCAAAUGUUUUGUAUUGUUCGACAAACAGUCCAAAACACAAAGAUAUUCCGUUUAUAAUGAUAUUAAACAGCUAAAUUAAAGCUGGAACCAGA